GGCGAUGAAGCCGUCCUGGCUGCAGUGUCGCAAAGUCACCGGCGCCGGGGGACUCGGGGGAUCCCUGCCUGGGUCCUCUCCGGCCCGGGGAGCCGGCCUGGCCCGCAGGGCGUACGUGGCCCCCGGCCCGCGGGGCGCUCUCGGGGGCAGGGGCUGCCGAGCGCUGUCGUCGGCCGGUGGUGGCGGCGAGUACAAGACCCACUUCGCGGCCUCGGUGGCCGACCCCGAGCGGUUCUGGGGCAAAGCGGCCGAGCAGAUCAGCUGGUACAAGCCCUGGACCAAAACGCUGGAGAACAGAUACCCGCCUUCCACGAGUUGGUUUGUGGAAGGAAUGCUUAACAUUUGUUACAAUGCCAUCGAUCGUCAUAUUGAAAAUGGUCAAGGAGAUAAGAUUGCUAUCAUCUACGACAGUCCUGUUACAAACACUAAAGCAACUAUUACCUACAAAGAGGUUCUGGAGCAGGUCUCUAAGCUGGCAGGUGUUUUGGUCAAGCACGGUGUCAAGAAAGGUGACACCGUGGUUAUCUACAUGCCCAUGAUCCCGCAAGCGAUGUACACCAUGCUGGCAUGUGCCAGGAUAGGAGCCAUCCACAGCCUCAUAUUUGGGGGAUUUGCAUCCAAAGAACUAAGCGGUCGUAUUGAUCAUGCAAAGCCCAAGGUGGUUGUUACAGCAUCAUUUGGGAUUGAACCUGGAAGAAGAGUAGAAUACAUUCCCCUUCUAGAAGAAGCACUGAGACUGGGAAAACACAAACCAGAUAAUGUGCUCAUUUAUAACCGUCCAAAUAUGGAGGCAGUUCCUUUGGCUCCAGGUCGUGACCUCGAUUGGCAUGAAGAGAUGGCCAAAGCACAAUCACAUGACUGUGUUCCUGUUCUUUCAGAACACCCGCUGUAUAUUCUUUACACAUCCGGAACAACGGGGCUGCCCAAGGGUGUUGUUAGACCCACUGGGGGAUAUGCUGUGAUGCUAAACUGGACAAUGUCUUCUAUCUAUGGACUUAAACCUGGAGAGGUGUGGUGGGCAGCCUCUGACUUAGGCUGGGUUGUUGGCCAUUCCUAUAUCUGUUAUGGACCUCUUCUGCAUGGGAACACGACAGUCCUAUAUGAGGGGAAGCCUGUGGGAACACCAGAUGCUGGUGCUUAUUUCCGCGUGCUCGCGGAGCAUGGAGUAGCUGCCUUGUUUACAGCGCCGACUGCAAUUAGAGCCAUCCGUCAACAGGACCCUGGGGCAGCCUUGGGGAAGCAGUACUCUCUGACAAGGUUCAAAACAUUAUUUGUGGCUGGAGAACGAUGUGAUGUGGAGACCCUGGAAUGGUCCAAAAAGGUCUUCAGAGUACCUGUCUUAGACCACUGGUGGCAAACUGAGACUGGAUCCCCAAUUACGGCAUCAUGCAUUGGAUUAGGUAAUUCUAAAACACCUCCUCCAGGACAAGCAGGAAAAAGUGUUCCAGGAUACAAUGUUAUGAUUUUGGAUGACAACAUGCAAAAACUGAAGGCUCGAUGUUUAGGAAAUAUUGUGGUAAAGUUGCCAUUACCACCUGGGGCUUUUUCAGGACUCUGGAAGAAUCAGGAAGCAUUCAAGCAUUUAUACUUUGAAAAAUUUCCUGGAUACUAUGACACCAUGGAUGCUGGUUACAUGGAUGAAGAAGGCUAUUUAUAUGUUAUGUCUCGAGUUGAUGAUGUGAUAAAUGUUGCAGGUCACAGGAUUUCUGCAGGUGCUAUUGAAGAGUCAGUCCUUUCCCAUGGUACUGUGGCCGACUGUGCUGUUGUCGGCAAGGAAGAUCCUUUGAAAGGUCACGUACCCUUAGCGCUCUGUGUGUUGAGAAAAGAUAUAAAUACAACAGAGGAACAAGUUUUGGAAGAGAUUAUAAACCAUGUGAGACAGAGCAUUGGCCCUGUGGCUGCGUUUCGAAAUGUAGUGUUUGUCAAACAGUUACCCAAAACGAGGUCUGGCAAAAUUCCUCGGUCGGCUCUGUCUGCCCUUGUCAACGGCAAGCCCUAUAAGAUAACACCUACAAUCGAAGACCCCAGCAUUUUUGGGCACAUAGAAGAAGUGCUGAAGCAGUCAUCAUGACUUUUUCCCCUAUUUUGAGUCAAUUUGAAUCAAUUUUCUAAUUGGAGUCAAAUUUUUGGAAUUAUUUCCCAUAAAUAAAUAUUUAAAUAGAAAUUACUUGCAAACUGAAAUAUGAAUUGUAAAGCUUGGUCUAAAAAGCAGUACUUGAAGCCUAGUGAAAGACCUGUGCCUUCUGUUUGAUUAGAUCCAAAGAGCACCUUUUUCAGUUGCCUAUAACAUGGCUCCUUAAAGGUUGUCUAGCACUUUAAGAAAAAUAUAUCUACCGUAUGAUUUUUAAAAAUUGAACCCCCCAAAUAUUUUAAUUGAAAGAGACACAUUAAUAUAGAGCUACUUCCUGAAAUGAGGAAUCUGUAGCUUUGACCCAAAACCUAAAACUCAAGUUGAAGUCAGAAAAUAUUUAUCAUUUUUCUUAACAGAAAUUCUGAGUAUUUUCUAAUAUUCUUGAGAUGUCCCCAUGCCCGGUUAUUUUAAAUGAAAUUGGUAACAUGGGAGGUCUGAGGUAAUCAUCUAGACAGAUGAUUUUCUAGAUAGGAGGAUCUGUCUCGUCAUACAU